AUUCACUCAACACAUACAGAGAGCGCGGAGCAGGAGUGCAGGAUUCAGUCGGUAGCCUACAUAAGUUGUCUCCGUCUGCGUACGCCUCGCAGUCUCACGAGGGGGACAAACUGGUUAUUUUUAGUCGGAUAGAGUGAAUUGGAUUAGAGAGGUUUGUCGAUACUGGUCCGUUAAUCGAUACUUUUUUUAAAAUGUUAAUUGACAAGUCAAACUGGUUUUCUGUGAAAGUGCAGUAUUAGCAGACUCCCACCUGCCCAGUGUGUUUAAAAAGAUCACGGCACACUGCGGUUCAACUGAGGCGCACGAGGACAUCGUUUGCAUGAAACUGUGGCAAGAUAAAAGCAGUGGAUGCAGCUACGCUCCAUUUGUAGAAAAAAGGUGGAAGAGUCGGAGAGGCUCUGAAGAGGACCAGCUGACCGCCGACAGAUACACCUCAGCUAAAAUUUCCUCCAAACCCAGCCUGAAACGUACCAUGUCCCUCAGCACUUUCCACCUCAUGCAGACUCUUAAGAACUCUCCUGCUGCGCUACGUCGCCGCUUCCGGCGUGACCGCACAGAGUCUUUAUCCCACGGUGACCCUCUCUUCAAGGUGCACUACCUGGGCACGGAGAAGAUCUUCUCUCUGGAUCGAGAGCAGGCUCAGGACGCUAUUAGCCGCUUGCUAGAAGGUAUUGCUAACGGGAAGAAGCUGAGCAAAGAUCACGCCCUGGUGGUGCGCCCGAGAUACGUCGAGGUCAAGGAACUGAGUACAGGUCGGCAGCUCACUAAGACAUACCUGCAGGACAUUGCGUACUGUGCCGCAGAUGCCAACCGGCCCAACGUCUUCCUGUACAUCUGCAAACAUCAGGGGCAGCAGCUGCAGUGUCGCGUGUUCUGGUGCAGCAGGGCAGAGCGGGCACGAGACAUGACUGCUUGUCUGGCACAUUCUUUCCAGCGGGCGCUCAGCGACUGGCAGCAGAACGGCUCGGCGACGCUGCAGCCGGGAGAGGUGAGGGGGAAACGAGGAGAGGAGUCGUCCAACUCUCCUGCCAACAUGAAGAGCUCCACGCUGCCCGCCAGUCUGGGAAAAGUUCGCUGGAAGAAGAGCACCUCUGUGUCUCGCAGCCCCCUCAGGGGCAUCAGCAGAAGGGGAUCUGCCUCGGACAAAUGGAACUGAAACCCGGCUUUAACCCUUCACACACGGGGGCCACAUUCACCUGAUGACAACAACAUCAAGGAUGACCGCACUGACGGGAGAGCAGGGGAUUGAUUACAAGUCAGAAGGAAAAGGAUAAAGGGGAGGGAAGUGGGGAAAGUCCAAACUUGGACAUGUGAAGAUUCUGCUUGUGAGAGAGAAUGUUGCCAUAAUCAGUGAGCGUAUGGUUUUUGUCUUUUUUUGACGCAGCAAAAGGUGUCUGACUUUUGCAAGAGCAGUGUCCAGUGUAGCACAAAAUGCCGUCGACAGCUGCCUUUUGUUCACCUGUCAGCAGCUGUGUGACUUGUGACUGGCUGCAGGUCAUCUGAGGACCCAGACUGGUUCAUUUCCAUGGCUGUCAUUCGGUUGGCUUGUUUGUUUUUUAAGUAGUCUACUUACGUCACAGAGAGUUGGGUCUAUUGGAAAGACACAAUCAACAAUGAUACCAGCUGUUGGCCAAAUGAUCCACAGAGGACAACCAAGAACUGGAAAAAGUCGACGAGAGAUUUUAUAUUGAAUUUUGUUUUAUUUUUUUAAUUUAACUGACAUGUUUGGCAGAUCAUCAUAAUUUAAUUUAUUUUAUUGUCAAACUAGCAAGCAUGUUUCUAUUCUUUAUUGUUGAAUUGGGUGGACAAAACCACACUUUUAAUCUACGUUGUGAGAGUUUUGGCCAAGAUUACAUGGAUGUCAAGAUACAGAGGAAAAAGGCAGGUGUGUCAUACAAACGUAUAUUAAAACUAAUUUAUAGUCUCUAGUGCUCAUAAAUGCAGUUAUUAGUAGUUUCUGAGCACUUUCUAAAUUUCCAACUGUAAAAUUUGACAUGCAAAUACAAGUCUUAUCAUUUCUUACAUUUAAAGACGUCAGCACCUGCAUUAUAAAUAGGGAGAAAAUAAACCCCUAGUAGAACCUUCAGGGUAAAAAAAAAAUAAUCCUCCCCCCUUCAUGCAAACAGCAUCCUGCAAAAAAACCAAAACACAUCCUAACUGUCCACUGCGAUGAAUUAUUUGCAUUUAUGUGGAAAAACACUCUCGGCCAUGACUUGCAGGGCGUGUUUGUGUCCGAACACUGGGAACGCUGUGUUCCCGUGUGGAGCCUCUUUGUGGAAUGUGCGGCCGUGCACCUGCAUUCCAAUCGGGGGAAACUUGAGAUGGAGGAUCUUCUUAAAAGCCCCUAAGUCUUCUCUGUGUCCAACCAGGACUUUGCAUAUUGAACAGCGUCGUCGGUGUAUGCGACAAUGCGCUUUUAACGCUGACCCCGCCACUUACCGAAGCCAGAAAAAGGUGCCCUAACUACAUAACAGCCACAGUGACGGUUAUAGGCGUUGAUAUGUGCAGUAUUGCGUAACAUGCUCUCAUGAUAGUGAUUUCUGUCUUAAGGUUUACAAAUGAGACUUGACUGUGAGUGGUACACCCUGAGGCAACCACCCACUUGUCAUGUUGUGUUGUCUGACCAAAACUAAGCUAGAAAUGUUGCCCUUUUUUGUUUUUUACCCAGGAAUGGUGUUUUUUACUGAUGUGCCACUGGGUUUUUAUCAGUUAAUUGUAACAUUUUGUACUCUCGAUGUAUCAGUUACAAACGGCACAGCCCUGAUCUCAGAAAAGGGGCUAAAGUGCCUGCUUUAUGGGCUAUUUUAUCGAUGUACAGUUUUAUGUUGUACGUAUUUAAUGAAAUACCGUAUGUAUUUUAUGAAAUAUUAAAACUUUUUAUACAACA